GUCUCGGCCAGCAACAGAGCGCCGCGCGCUUCGAGAAACGACACGGGCGGCGAAAAAAGUGCUAUGACCUGAACAUGGUUAUUGAAUACACCCGCGGGCUAUGCGAGCGACCAGCUUUUGGGGAUUCGCGCUUACCGCAGCUCCGAAAGUGCGUGCCGGUGGCUAAAAAUAAACUCCAACGCUUCGCCCUCCGGGUGAGCCGCUUCGAUUUCACACCAGAAACGAUUUCUUCCUGUGGCACCGCAAUCUCCCUCCACCGUGGUCCGGAGUUCCGUGCGUUCCGUUCGUUCGCUGGUGCGUGCGUGCAUUUGUUUUGUUGAUCUCUUUGGCCGCUUCCGAGCUGCAAGCUGGGAAUCAUCCGUCGUUCGGAAUGACCACCUACAGGACCGAUAGUCAAGGAAAGUUCAUUCCGGCCACACAGCGCCCGGAUGGAACGUGGAGGAAGCCUCGAAGAGUACGGGACGGGUACGUACCGCAAGAGGAGGUCCCCCUCUACGAAAGUAAAGGCAAACAGUUUGCCCAAAAGCCAGCCCUUCCACCGGGACUCUCGCUUGAGGUGGUGCAGAAAGCGAAAGAGAAGCGCGAACGAGAACGGUUACGGCAGCAGCGGGAAGAACUCCGGAAAGCGCAAAACACGCCUGCAUCCGGUGCUACCGCCGUCGAUGGUGCCGACAAACAGAAAGGCGCAACUGCCGGCAAUGGAAAGGCACGCAGCAAAAAGACUCCGGAGCUACCGGACAUUCUGCUGGACUAUCCGACACUCUCGUCCACCAUCAAAACCACCGCACCUUCGAAGUCGUCCAAGCAAGCGAAACAGGUCCAGCAACAGAAACAGCCUGCGGCGGAACAGCGCCCGAACGUUGCCAAGGGUACGGCGACUGCUUCGACCACUAGCACUGCGGUAGACGAAGAGCUAGCAGCCGCCCUAGCAUCCGGAGUGCAGCUUUCCUCCAACCAUGUCGCUGCAGGAGGAGACAGCAGUGAGUCUCAGCAGCAGCAGCAGCAGCAGCAGCAAACUGAUCUCUUGAAAAAGUUGCGCAAAUUGCGAAAGAAAAUCCGCGAAAUCGAAGCAAUCGAGGAACGGUUAAGGACGAACGAUGGACCACGGCCCGAUAAGGACCAGCUGGAGAAGGUGAAGCGAAAAUUGGAGAUACAGCGCGAAAUCGAAGGCCUCGAAGCGCAACUGGCCCCGGUCGCACCGGGUGCCGCCGACGCCAUGUGAUGUUGCUGAUAACGGGCGUGAACAACGAGAGACCAAGACCCCCUCCCCAGCCAGCCUGCAGAAAGGGAAUAGGGUGCGCGUCCGUAUGUCGCCGUCGUGCAACAUACCGGAACUGCGAUAGAGUCAAACAGACAGUCGGUAAAGCACGCACUCCCCGAACGCUGAUUGUACAAAAGAAGAACAAAAAAAAAGAUCCUCUGCACCUGUCAAGGACUCGGACGGGAGUACGCAAGAGACUAACGGAGCAGCACCUUGCCAUUCGCCGGUAGCGGACGACGGACCGUCCAGCAAGAUUCGUCUAGGGCAUGUUCGGAGCAUGUAGAGCAAUAGCAUGUAGCUCUUGUAGUAGGCAGCAGCAGCAGCAGCCCCCCUGUGUCUGUAACAGGACUUUUACUUUAAGGCUCGGUGUACAAAGUCAUUCGCCUGCAUUUAGAACGCCGCAAAGUUGGCAUUGACGGUGAUCGGGAAUCCAGCUGGGCUGCUGGGUGGUUUCCCGUGAAAUCCUCGAUAUUUCUUUAACUGCUCCGGCAUCCGCGCGGAACCGCCGGACACUUUCACAGCAUAGCAAAGGCCUCAUUAUUGUAGGGAUAAGCUCGACGAGCAGUUGUGCGAGUGGUAGGGUAGUAGGGUGUGUGUUUGCGUGUGCGUACGUAGCUGGUAAGACCAAUUAAGGAGCAAACCUAAUUUUUAAACUGUUUGUUACGUCAGAAAGGGAAUGUUUAAGUUAAAAACUAAGUCAAAUAAACGUUUUAAAAUAAGCAUACA